AUGGCUCCCCCACCGCCUUCUAACCUGCCUCUGCAAGAGAGGAUUCUUGCUCUGGCAAAGACUCUCCAGUUCGGCUGGUUCUCCGGACAUCUAGUCCUCCUUCUCUGUAUUCUGCGAUACUCGCUGUCGUGGAUCCGAUUCAACUACUACUCCAAGACCGCCCAGACCUGCUACCGCCUGUCCUUCAUUGCUGCGGCAGUGACGUAUGGAAUCGUCAUCUACAAGACAUUCAGAGCGAAGCAAAAGGUCGGAGCCAAGUACCCUACAAGUGCCCUCGGCCUCUUGUCUGACGAAAAUGUGCAAUACUUUGCCAUGGCCUUGGUCUGGCUGUUCACUCCCCAGUACCCCCUGGCACUGCUCCCGUACGGUAUCUACUCGGUGUUCCACGUCGCAACUUAUACCCGCGCCAACGUGAUUCCUACCGUUGCCCCUGCUCAGGCUGGCCCGGCUGGUUCUGCCCCCGGUACCAAGUCCAGCAGCCCCAUUGGUGAGGCUAUUGGCAACUUCGUCAAGACCUACUACGACAUGUCCAUGUCCGUCGUCUCCGGCCUCGAGAUCCUCCUCUGGGUUCGCCUGCUCCUGGCUGCCGUUCUCUUCCAGCGCCGAUCCUGGAUCCUGCUGGCCCUCUACACGGCCUUCCUCCGUGCUCGCUUUGCGCAGAGCUCUCACGUCCAGGGCACCGUCACCCAGUUCGGCGCCAGAGUCGACUCGGCAGUCGGCCAGCAGAACACUCCCCCCGUCGCCCGCCAAGUGUGGGACGGUCUCAAGGGUGGUGCUCGCCAGUUCCACGAUAUCACCGAUCUCAGCAGAUACACUAACGGUGCCACUGUGCCCAAGAAGACUUCUUAA